AAAUACUCGAAAAAGUAGCGAGUGCAAGAGGGACACGUGCGCCCACUUUAAUUGUCAUCGACACAUCGACACAAAAACUGAAAAAUAUCGAGUGGUUGAAGUUCCUUUGUGAAGGUGAAGUUACACUACCCCAAAUCCCCGAGUGUUUCACCCCAUACAUUCCCCUCAUUCAUCACUUCAUCGAGUAAACACCGAAUUUAUGAGUAUUUCCGAUAUAUGUGAACCAGUAUCAUUUGUUAUGCCGACAGUACAAGCAUGCUAAUCAAGAAACCAAAGAAACAAUUGUUCAGGAUCUUUUGGCGUGUCGGAAAGGGAUUAAUUCUGGUGGAAUUGACAUUUCUUGCGGGUUCAUAUGUUCUUUGGUCGCGGAUGAAUCGGUCUCAAGUCUUUCGGCACUACAUGUCAGAGAAUUGGCCGAGGGUUCUCGAGAGUUAUUACAUGAUCGGAGAGACGAUCAACAGCGAUAAUAACAAGAUCAGAGAAUUUGAUUUACUGACUUGGGGAAAAGCGGAGAACUAGACAAUAAAUCAGCAUUUUCAAUAGUCAAUGGCUAUACUAAUAUGUGAACAAAGUGAUUAUCCAUGUCUUCAGUUUGAAAUAACCGCCUGGAAGACGUAAUUGUCCUCUACUUCCCUCCAAUGCCACCAGGGGCCUUCUAGUGCUCCGAAUAGUUCCUCAAUGUUUAACCUGUUCUAAGAAUUCAUAUCUUCACUUUCGACCUCCGAAAGGCCGAAAUAAUUCAGUGGUCACAAUAACUAGAGUAUUGGAGGGGUUUGGUGGAUCGACUGGUGGCUAUUUCAAUUGAUUGCCUGGGGUAAUCAAUACAAAUGCUUAAUGGCGCUCGGAAAAGCACUGUUCCUGCUGGCUAGUGUCCCUAUGCUCGGUUAUGUUUUGAUGAAAAUCGUGACUCCGGAUGAGAGAAAUAUUCCUUUUAAGCAAUAUCCGAAGAAUUCGAACAUCCCCACGUACCAGGCCUUCCUGAAGAAAUCCGCGCUUAUGCCAGCCUCCGAGCCUACCCCAUCGUCUCCGCCGGCCCCUCAGAAAUAGCCCUCAUCCAAGAAAUGGAGUCCUCCGAGCUAAUAGCCACCGACAGCCUUCCGGAGCGCAUCAACAAACGUGACCGCGAGCGCAAGACAAUAAUCGAGCGCAGACGAGAGGAAAAACAGCAGCUGACUGUCGACAGCGAGCAGUUGGGCUUCUUCAAGGACGCCUUCUACGCCUCCUGCAGCAAGAUAAAAUCCCUCCUGGAGUCAGCCCCAUCGACCCCGACCCCCUCCCUCCCAGGUCUCUUCGACAAAGCCAGCAAGGAGAUCCUGACCCUCAAGAAUUACCUCUCACAAUCGAAGAUAUUCCUCAAGGUUUACGACAUAAGACGAGCUCAAGAGACCCUCCAACAUCUUGAGAACGAGGCCUCGGAGUUGGAGAUGAAGCUUCUUCCAAAGAAAAAAUUUGGCUUCAAAAAUAGAAGAGUAAUAAAGAAACCGUCGGACACGAAGACAAUUGAUGUCACUGAUGGCCUCAAAGACAUGACCCUCUCCGAGGGAAUGGGCAAUGGCACGACGAGACAGAAUAACGAUCUGAUAGGUAAAUUCAGCGACAGUGCAAGCACAGUAACUGGAAAAACUGAUGAACGACUGAUUCUCGAUGCUGAAAAUGUCAAUAAAAAUGAUGUUUUACUGUCGGAUUUGACGAGAUGUACAGUUGUUAUUUAUGGUGCACCUUCCACUGUUCAUAUGGUGAACAUAAAGCAGUGCACAGUGCUGAUUGGUCCAGUGUCGUCAUCAGUGUUUGCCCACAGUUGCACACAAUCGACGUUUGCAUUCGCCUGCCAACAGUUGCGACUUCAUUCCUCGACGGACUUGUCCAUUUACCUUCAUGUGACGAGUAGAGCUAUCAUUGAGGACUGCACGAAGAUUAGGGUGGCACCUUACAACUGGAGUUACGAGGAUCAGGAGAGUCAUUUUAAGCUAGCUGGCCUGGAUGUUAAAGUUAAUAAUUGGGACUCUGUCGAUGAUUUUAACUGGCUGAGUUAUGAGAAACAGUCGCCCAAUUGGGGGGUUAUCAAGAGUGAACAGAGGGUCAAGAGUUGGGAGGUGUGAGGACUGGGUGAUAGGUCUGUUGGAUUUUUUUUUAUUUCAAUGGAGAGAUUCGCUGGUUUCAUUAUGUCAUUUACACGUGUAUUUUUGCGCUUUUACGGGAGAUUAAUAAAUGCACGUAAUUGAUGAAUUGAGA